AUGGAGUUGAACAUUGUGCUCUGGUCAUUUCCCCACUCAAAGCGUCAAGUGUGCUCCCCCUUCCACCAGGUGGCAGUCCCUGUGCUGGAUGGGCUCAUCCAGGCAGCCUCACAGCCAGACAGCACGUUCGAUGUCACCGGCGUGGUGAGCCAGCCCGCCAGGCCCUCUGGGCGCGGGUCCCGGCGCAAUCCACCUCCCAGCCCCGUGGCCCAGGCUGCGGCGAGGGCCGGCAUCCCGCAGGAUCGCAUCCUCACCCCCGAGCGGGCGGGGGAGGCGGGGUUCCUGGACGCCCUCCGAUCCUUGCACCCGGACCUCCUCGUCACUGCGGCCUAUGGAAACUAUCUCCCCACCAGGCUGCUCGGCAUACCCCGGCAAGGCACCCUGAACAUCCACCCCUCCCUCUUGCCAGCCUACCGAGGGGCGGCGCCGGUCCAGCGUGCAUUGAUGGAUGGGCUCACCCAGACGGGCGUGAGCGUUCUCUACUCGGUCAGGGAAAUGGAUGCCGGGCCUGUCCUUGCACAAGCUGCCUAUGAGAUCCCCGAGGAUGUCCAGGCUCCGGAGCUGACUCAGCGCCUCUUUGAGCUGGGCACGCGGCUGCUCCUCGAUGCAUUGCCCGACGUGUGGGCAGGCAUGGGUCCCUCCCUGGCGCUCCCCCAGGACGCGGCGACGGCCACGGCGGCGCCCAAGCUGUCCAGCGCGGAUGCCGCGCUGGACCUCGGGCUCCCCGCCGCGGCGGUGCACGCCCGUGUGCGGGCCUGCGCUGGGUGGCCGGGGUCCAGCGUCGCUUUCCUGGUCAGGGACCCGGCGGGGCGGGAGAGCGCGCUGACCCUCAAGGUCCUCCGCACCCGCCUGGCCGAGAGCAGCGGCCCUGGCACCGAGGUCCAGAAUACCUCCCAGGAGCCCAACCAGGUGGAGCUCGCCCCGGGGGCGCUGACGGUGCGCUGCGGCGACGGCGGCCGACUGUCGAUCCUGGAGCUCCAGGUGCCGGGCAGGCGGCCCGUCUCCCCCGCCGCAUUCAUCAACGGCCUCCGGGGGGCGACCCUGUCCUGGGUACCCAUCCGGUGA